CACAUCUCUCGCAUUAGCAAAUUUGCAUCUCCGCCCAAAGUUGGCGCCGAUGCCUCCCAAAUGGCUUGCUUCAGCUUCCGCGCGAGGGCCAAGUGGGCGCGAAGCAUCGCAACCCAAGCUGCCCGCCCGGUGGCACGCCUCAAAGAGGACCUGCCCCGGCGGCUUCUGCUGGAGAUGGGCCACCCCUGGGUCUACGACAACGAGGUCCGCAACAUCUCGGAACUCACCGGCAUCAAUGCUGGCACCCUUGUCGACAUCUUUGCCGCAGACGGCCGGCCCAUGGGAGUUGGUGUCCUCAACAGGCAGGCCUGCAUCGUGCUGCGGCGAGUGGAAGGCCUCCAGACCGGCGCGGAGGUGACGCAGGAGCUGCUCUCCACUCGGCUCAGGGCGGCCUUUGCGGCCCGAGAGAAGCGACCAGACGCCGAAUUCUGCCGGGCCUUCGGCGAGCAAGACGGGCUGCCAGGCAUCCUGGUGGAUCGCUUUGGGCGGGGUGCCGUGGUCACCUUCCAAGCCUUGGGCUCCACCAAACUGGAGCUGCUGCUCCAGGAGGAGCUUACCCGCUGGAUCGGCAAGCUGCAGCAGCUGACAGUGCACCGCAUGAGCGCGAAGAAGGAGAAGUGGGCGCAGGAGGGCUCCGAGUUCACCACCCAGAUCCUCCGGGGCGACCACAAGGUUCGUGUGGAGGAAGCGUCUGCGCGCUUCGACGUGGACGUCCUUCAGGGCCUGGUGCCAGGACACUGGAACUACAGCCUCGAGAAACUGCGGGCGCGGCUGGCGGAAAGUAUGGCCUCAGGCACAGUGCUGGACGCCUGGGCCCACUGCGGGCAGUGGGGCAUUCGCUGUGGUCUCAAGGGCGCAGAGGUGGUGCUGCUGGAGGACUCCUUGGGUUUAGCCAAGCUCUGCCGGGAGAACGCCCAGCUCAACGGACGCUCAGCUGGAGAACCGGGCCACGAGGUGUCGCCCUGUGGGGAGAAGGUGACGGCCUGGAAGAUCAGUUCCAAGCCCAGCGACCCAGCGCGGGGCCCAGUGGCGCGGCAGGGCCCAGAGGGCCUCAAGAUGAGGGAGGGCGACAAGGACAUGGGGGAUGCGGACGGCACGGAGCGGGCCACACCACCGGAGGAGGCGGACGGCAUCACCUACAACCUGCUCAUCUUGGAGGGCAACCCGGAGAAGUCGGGGCUGGCGGCAAUCCACUCGGUGGCGAAGGAGGGGCAGGGCAGAGCGUGGGGCUUGGAGGACCUGGAGCCCCGGGUAAGGGAGGACACCGACAGCGUGCUCAUGCUCCGACAGAUGUACCUGACCUCGCUGGCCUACCAAGGACUAGGUCAACGAACGGUCCCGCAGGUGGGCUCCUCCUUCCUGGACCCGAGCGCAGUCCUGGAGGCGCUGAGGCCGGGGGGCACGGUGCCCCAAGUGAACUCAAUUCGGAUCGGCGACACCUCCGGCUUCCCGCCGCAUAUCUCGGGGGGCCUGGUCACUGAGAAGAAGGUGGGGGUGCCGUAUCCAUUCAAGUCCCUGGCCGAGACCCUUAAGGAUCCGGGGAUGCCCUUCGACAACAUGGUUGGCACCGACAUGAUCAACUUUGGUUCUGAGCUUCAAAGCCAUGUCUUGCUCUACUCGGCCUUGGCACUGGAAGUGGCGGUCUCAGACGAGCAGCUCUUCCCAGAAUGGCUGCCUCGCAGGCCGAUGCCUUUCUAUGUGAGGGAGAAGGAGUAUUUGAAGCUUUACGGUUUUGCGAAUUCGCAGAUUGAGGAGGUUCAGGCACCUCCAUUUCCGCUCACACUGCCCAAAGCCUCCUGCUGGAGCCCCGACGGCAUCGCGCUGGCCAUAGUGGAUCCAGUGCAAGGGCCGCAAGUCGCUGUCUUCAAGGACCAGUCCUUGUCAGGAGGAACAAUCAUGGAACUCCCCGGAGCUCCGAAGAAUGUUUUCACCUUCGCAUGGUCGCCCGCGGGCUCAGCUUUGGUCACCGUAGCGCCUGGCGGAAAGAACCUGACGGAGCCCAACGUCCACGUGUGGCGGCGGUCCGGUGGGGGCGCGCCGGGGAGCGGCGCCGGCCAGGGCGGGAACUACGAGCUGCAGGCGAAGUUCUGCCACCCCAAGUUGGAGAAGGACAAGAAGAUCCUCCAGUGGACCAUCGACGAGAACCUCUGUGCGCGAUUGACGCCGGAAGGGAAGAUCCACCUGCACGACGGCGCGGACUUGGCGGAGUCGCCGCUCAUGGAGCUCAAGGCGAGCAACGUGGCGGGCUUCGAGUUUGCGCCGCUGAACCCCAAGGUGGGCUUCCACGCUCGCCUGGCCCUCUUCGUGGCCGACCAGCGCGAUGACUUGCAGCGAGUGGUGGGACCUGCCGAGGUGUCCAUCCUGGAGCUCACGGCCAACCAGGCUGGACUGCAGUCCAGCUCCAGCGUGAAGAUGAAUGUGCGAUGCGGCCAAGUGGCAGACUUGCUUUGGAAUUCAGCUGGCAACUGCCUGAUUGCACAUUGCCAGACAGAAGUGGACGAAACUGGCCAAAGUUAUUAUGGCGGGUCCCGCCUAGCUUUCCUGUCGCAGGGUGGCGAGAGUCUGAAGGAUAUCACGGAUGAGGAAUGCCAAGGGGGGUGCGUCCAGGCUGUCGCCUGGAGCCCAACCCGAGAUGAGUUCAUUCUGAUUUCAGGAUUCCAGCCGGCCAAAGCGACCCUCUUUGCUUGGGAUGACAGGGCGAAAAAGUUGGCAGUGAAGAAGGUCCUCUUGGACAAGGCGCACCGGAACACCAUCCGCUUCAACAGCUUCGGGUCUUUGGUCUGCCUCGCCGGCUUCGGGAACCUGGCGGGUGGCGUGGACUUCUUCGGUCGUGAGGAGGAGGACUACGUCCACGUCUCCAGCUGCAAUGCCAGUUGCACCGUCUCCUCGGAGUGGGCUCCUGAUGGACGCCACUUCCUCACCGCCGUACUGGCACCCAGGAUGCGCGUGGACAAUUGCCUUUGUGUGUGGCACGCCUUGAGCGGUGCAAGAGUCUCUGUGACUCCUUUCGAGGAGCUCUUUGAUGUUCAGUGGCGGCCAGAUCCGAAGAACAAGCAUCCCGACGUGACGAUGGAAGAGAUUGCACAAGCCAAACAGGAGGAUGCGAAGAACGUGGUGGAAGCAGCGGCCCAGAAGAAGCAGGCGUAUCGUCCUCCAAAAGCUCGUGGAGAGACGCAGAACACCGUUGCCCAAAUGAUGCGUGGAGAAGUCGCAGCGCCCGAAGAUGAUCGACGCAGAAAGCCGCGGGGAGGACGGCAAAAAGAUGAAGAAGAGACCGCCGAUGCCAAGGAGGAGUUGCCAAGACCUCCGCCCCCUGAGGCGCCGGCUCCUCCGCCGCCGCGGGCUGCCAAGGCCCAGCCUCCGGCACAGGCGGCCGAGCGGCAAGCCGCAGCGCAGGCGCAGGCGCAGGCGCAGGCGCAGGCGCAGGCGCAGGCGCAGGCGGUGGCUCAGGAGCGUGCGCAGGCUGCCCAGGCGGCAGCGCAGGCGCAGGCGAUAAGAGAACAGGCCGCUGCGAAGCAGAGGGAGGCGCAGCAGAAGAGAGAAGCUGCCGAGCAGCAGCGGCGCUUCGCAGCAGCGGAGCAGGAGGAUCAGAUGGCUGCCUUGCUGGCCUUGCAGCGGGCCGGCUAUGGCGGCGAUGCAGCAGCGCACAUACAGGCGGCCCAGCGUCAGGCAGCGGCUCAGGCCGUGCGGCAGCUUGGGGCUCGCGGACCUCAGACGCAGGAGCACCUUUCGCAGCAGUCUGCGAUGCUGCUGCUGGAGCAGCAAGCGGCCCACAUGAAAGUGACGCAGCAGCAACAGCAGCAGCAGCAGCUGGCAGCCGCGCGGGCACAGGCCAUCUCUGGUCAGCAGCCGAAAGUGGCGAUGAGUGGUCACCAUGGAGCAAAGCAGCCGUGCCCACAAACAGGCUGGCAGUACAUCGACCCAAAGAACCAGAUCCAAGGGCCCUUCACUCUGCUGGAGAUGCAGCAGUGGUAUCACAUGAACUACUUUCGCCCAGAGCUGAAGAUGCGGUGUUCCGAUCAGGAUGAGUUCGUUCCCUUCGGGGAGCUGUUCCCCCACCCCAUGGUGCCUUUCCAGAGCUAUCCCAAGCGGGUCCCUGCUGCAAGGCGAUGA